CAUCCUGCAUGUGGAGCGCGUACUGGCGAACGGAGUUGCACCAGGGUUUCGCGCCACUGCGGGGGCCAAAAAAACCCAGUAACAAAAAUGGAUUGCUAACAUCGCUUCUCCUUUCUUGUCCUUUCUGCCACCUGACGUCAUGCUCAAUGUCUCGCAAUAGUUUUUAACCCAACAAAAAUGAGGAUUUCUUGUCGUCGUCUUCUGCUGGUCUUCUCUUGCGUUUGGGGUCUCACUAUGGGCGCCUUUCCGAGCAGCGUUCAGAUCGGCGGACUGUUUAUCAGAAACACAGAUCAGGAGUACACUGCCUUUCGCUUGGCCAUAUUUCUGCACAACACGAGCCCCAAUGCAUCGGAGGCACCCUUUAACCUGGUGCCCCACGUGGACAACAUCGAGACGGCCAACAGUUUCGCCGUGACCAAUGCCUUCUGCUCACAGUACUCAAGGGGCGUGUUUGCCAUUUUCGGCCUGUACGACAAGCGCUCUGUACACACGCUGACGUCGUUCUGCGGAGCACUCCACAUCUCCCUCAUCACCCCCAGCUUCCCCAUCGAGGGCGAGAGUCAGUUUGUCCUGCAGCUGAGACCCUCCAUACGAGGGGCGCUGCUUAGCAUCCUGGACCACUAUGACUGGAACCGCUUUGUCUUCCUCUAUGACACGGAUCGGGGAUAUUCCAUCCUGCAGGCCAUCAUGGAGAAAGCAGGCCAGAACGGCUGGCAGGUCAGCGCAAUCUGCGUGGAGAACUUCAAUGACGCCAGCUACCGACAGCUCCUAGAGGACCUGGACCGCAGGCAGGAAAAAACAUUUGUGAUAGACCUGGAACCAGAGAGACUCACUAACAUGCUGGAGCAGAUUGUGAGUGUCGGCAAGCAUGUCAAAGGAUACCAUUACAUCAUGGCAAAUUUGGGCUUUAAAGACAUCAAUCUGGAGCGUUUCAUGCAUGGCGGGGCGAAUGUGACAGGUUUUCAGCUAGUGGACUUCAGCAAUCCCAUGGUGAUUAAGCUCCUGCAGCGUUGGAACAAACUGGACCAGCGCGAGUACCCUGGCUCCGACAGCCCGCCCAAGUACACCUCCGCUCUGACAUACGAUGGUGUGAUGGUGAUGGCGGAAGCCUUCAGGAAUCUACGCAGGCAGAAGGUGGACAUAUCCCGCAGGGGCAACGCUGGAGACUGCCUGGCAAACCCUGCAGCCCCCUGGAACCAGGGUAUUGAUAUGGAGCGGACCCUCAAACAGGUCCGGCUCCAAGGAUUAACAGGAAAUGUCCAAUUCGACCACUACGGGCGCAGAGUCAACUACACCAUGGAUGUAUUUGAGCUGAAAAACAACGGCCCCAGAAGAAUUGGCUAUUGGAAUGAUGCUGAUAAGUUGGUUCUGAUCCAGGAUCAAGCCUUGCUUCCAAACGAAACCUCCGGAAUGGAGAACAGAACUGUAGUCGUGACAACCAUCAUGGAAGGACCUUAUGUGAUGCUGAAGAAAAACUGGGAGAUGUACGAGGGUAAUGACAGGUAUGAGGGAUACUGCGUGGAUCUGGCCUAUGAGAUAGCCAAGCACAUUGGCAUCAAAUACAAGAUCUCUAUCGUGCCAGACGGAAAGUACGGAGCUCGGGACCCGGAGACCAAGAUCUGGAACGGCAUGGUUGGGGAGCUGGUGUACGGGAAAGCGGAAAUCGCUGUGGCCCCAUUGACUAUCACCCUGGUCCGGGAGGAGGUCAUUGACUUCUCAAAGCCCUUCAUGAGCUUGGGCAUCUCCAUCAUGAUCAAGAAGCCUCAAAAGUCCAAGCCGGGCGUGUUCUCCUUCCUGGACCCGCUGGCCUACGAGAUCUGGAUGUGCAUCGUGUUCGCCUAUAUCGGUGUUAGCGUGGUGCUCUUCCUGGUCAGCCGCUUCAGCCCGUAUGAGUGGCACACCGAGGAGCCCGAAGAGGGCACCGACGGUCCGCCCAGUGACCAGCCCCCCAACGAGUUCGGGAUCUUCAACAGUCUCUGGUUCUCCCUGGGAGCCUUCAUGCAGCAGGGCUGCGACAUCUCGCCCAGGUCACUGUCUGGCCGCAUCGUGGGAGGCGUGUGGUGGUUCUUCACCCUCAUCAUCAUCUCCUCCUACACAGCCAACCUGGCGGCCUUCCUCACUGUGGAGAGGAUGGUGUCGCCCAUUGAGAGUGCUGAGGACCUGGCCAAGCAAACAGAAAUAGCAUAUGGCACUCUAGACUCAGGCUCCACCAAAGAGUUCUUCAGGAGGUCAAAGAUCGCUGUAUAUGAGAAAAUGUGGGGCUACAUGAAGUCGGCUGAGCCCACGGUGUUCACUAAGACCACAGCAGAGGGCGUGGCUCGGGUGAGGAAAUCGAAAGGGAAGUACGCCUUCCUGCUGGAGUCCACCAUGAAUGAGUACACGGAGCAGCGCAAGCCCUGCGACACCAUGAAGGUCGGAGGCAACCUGGACUCCAAAGGCUACGGAGUGGCCACGCCCAAGGGCUCACCGUUAAGAAGUGCAGUUAACCUGGCAGUUUUAAAACUGAAUGAACAAGGCCUGUUGGACAAAUUGAAAAACAAGUGGUGGUACGACAAAGGAGAGUGUGGCAGCGGAGGAGGUGGUGAGAAGGACAAGAGUUCCCAGGCCCUCAGCCUCAGUAACGUGGCUGGGGUCUUCUACAUCCUGGUGGGGGGCCUGGGCCUGGCCAUGCUGGUGGCCCUCAUCGAGUUCUGCUACAAGUCGCGAAACGAGGCCAAGAGAAUGAAGCUGACCUUCACUGAAGCCAUGCGGAACAAGGCUCGACUGUCAAUCACGGGGAGUGUUGGCGAGAAUGGGCGUGUACUGACCCCUGACUGCCCUAAAGCUGUCCACUCUGGCCCCUCCCUGCGACAGAGCUCCGGACUGGCUCUGGUCUCAUCCGACUUGCCGUGAAAACCAAAAACGAUCAAGUGCCUUAAAAAUUUCCACAGAACAACGAAUAGCAGAACAACCAACCCAAACAGCAACAACGGUAUCGAGCUGAGCAAUCACCAUGACCAAUUUUUAGACGGAUGAUCAGGGGGCCCUUCGGCUGCUUCAUACACUGAUAAACACUGGGGGAAAGGAUACGGAUCCACUGUGGGGCCACAAUGAGAUAUGCGAGAGAUAUUUUCAGCACAGACAGCAACACGUCUGCAACCACCGCUUGCAGCCUCUGUAAAGAACUUGUGCUCAGGGAUGCACAAGCAGGAGCUAAAGAAGAGGACAAAGAGGGUAAGAGGACCACUAAACUGUAAUUCUGAAAUACGACUUGACUUGAAUCGUUUGGCAAAACGCUUGUUCUAUACCUGGCCAAACUAAAGCAUAAAUCAUACUGAGACAUAAAUCUCAGUAUGGAUAGCUAAAAUGGGCAUUCGAAUGUCCAAGAGGGUUUCUAUUGUAACAUGAAUAAUAAUAAUUCAAACAGUAUUAAUGAUACAUACUAAAAAAACUGUGAAGAAAAGUAAAUGUAUAUUCUAUAAAAUUAUAACUGAAAAAAUUAUUUACAUUGCUUUGUAAAUAGAAAUGAAGACUGUACAACUCGCUUGCUUUUUAAACAAAUGUAAAUAGCUGAUUCUGUAGUGGACAAAGUAUAAUUCUCUUUUUUAACCAUCUUUAGAAAAGAAUUCAUUGCAAUAAUGAAUAGAAAAUUGUGAAGACAUAAAAAAAUAAAAAUGGUUUAUUUAUAUAGAAUUACAGUAUGUGAAAAUCUAUAAAGUGAAAACAAUGGGCAUGUUAUCAACUGCAGUGAAAAUGUGCUCAGCUAAAUCUGGGGGAAGGGCACUUCUAUGAUAUAUCUGAAUAAAAGCCCUUCCCCUGCACCAUGCCCUGCAUACUCACUGUGCAGUUGUUGACCAUGGAACUUCUAGACUGUUUUAUUUUCCUCAGAAACAGACUUUAUUUUUUUUAGUUUACGUGGUUGGUCGAAUCACACAUGAAAAGUGUUCAUGUCUGAAUUUUUUCAGUAGUUUACUAUUUCAGUGUCUGACCGUUUCAUUUUAGAGCAGCCAUGUGUUCAUGAAUGAAAUAAUGAGAAUAUAUAUAUAUAUAUGGGUGGUAGGAAUUCUUAUGUUGAACAUAAUACAGGAAACAACUUUUCACUGAAGCUACUUUAUCAACUAAAAAAACAUAAAACGCAACAAAAAAAAUGAGGGACAUGUAUAGAAAAGAAAAGUCUGAAGACACUGUUGGGAGCCAUGGUCAGAGCCCAGCUUUGGCCUUUUCUACAAAACACUGUGUAACCUCAACCAGGCCUUUGAGCAUGUUCUCCUCCAGAACCUGUAGCAAUGGAGCCAUCUCCAACCAGAGGAAUGAAUCUGUCUGUACAGGACGCUGGACUUUAUUCGACAUCUGGACAUAAAGGACAAUGAAAGGACAUAAAGGCUUCAGGGCACCGCAAUGGGACACUGACCUAUCCUCUUCAACUGACUACUGCCCAAUCCUCCUCCACAUUUUACCUUACAAAGUGCAAUUUCUGCUCUGUUUUUAUGUUCAGAUGAAAGGCAACUACACAUACACCUCCAUAAACACAAAACCUCUCUCUGUAUUUCUCACAAUCUGCUUUUCUGUCUCCCUGUCAGUCUUUUUUCAUGGAACCUUCUAAAUGAAUCUAUGAGAACACUUCCUAUAAAUGCUGUAUGUUUGAUACAUUAGAAAUUAUUAAGUAAGUACUUAUUACUAAGUACUUAGAGUUAAACACAUACCAUAUUAUAAAGCAGGAAUAUGAUGCAUUAUGAAGACCAAUGACAUAAUAACCAUGAUAUUAACAGUAUAUUACAAUACUAUUGGCAUCAUAAAUGUUGCAUUAUAACUUCCUGCUUAUUAAUGUGUCGUACAUAUACUCAUGUCGCUAUAAGUGCUUUUAAUGGCUAUGCCAUUCAAUUCAUGCCACAUAUAAUUAAAUGUCAUCAAGUUGCUUCUGACUCCUGGAAAAGUCAUGUCAGUUUCAAGCAUUCUCCACAAUAUCCUGUCUUCUUUUUGGGUUUUUAGGCUUCUCUUUAGGUUCUUUUACACCUAUUCUAUGCAUGACUGUCCUUUCCAAUGAAAUGUUGCUUCUCAUGUGUCCAGACUACAGAGUUCCAGUUUGGUGAAAUAGGAGUAAGUAGUAAGUAAAUUAAGAAGAGUGAGAGAUGAGGUUUGAUUUAGUCACAAAUCAUAUUUGUUUUCCUUGCCGUCCAAAGUACUCUCAAAAUCUUCACCAACACCAAAGUUCAAAGGCAUCAAUAUUUUUCCUGUCCUGCUUUUUAUUGUCCAGCUUUCACAUCCACAAAUAACCACAGAAAAGACUACAGCCUGGACAGUCUUGAUCUUUCUUUGUAGAUGUAUAUAAAUACAUUAGAAUAUCUUUUCCAGCUCCUUCAUCCUUGUCCUGCUGAGUGCCAGUCUGUGUUGUAUUUUGACUGAUAGAUCCUUGGUUGUUAAUAAUUGAUCCAAGUAAACAAAAGCUGUUCACCACGCCUACGUAUUCACCAUCAAUGCAUUUAUGAUGUAUUUUGUAUACAGUAUUCAAAGGAAGUGUUGCUUAUUCCCUCAAGUACAUCAGUUCAAAUCUGAAAAUCACAAACCAACCACAAAACAUUCACAGACAGUCCAAGCACUGCAUCUCUGCAAAAUAUUAUUUACACAAAGCAAAUUUAUGUUGGACUCUGUGCUUAUGAAUGAAAGCUUUCCAUAUAUUAGGGUUCUUUUCUUAAGUGUAAUUUUGUGUAUUCGAAAAUGUGCUGGAUCAAGUGCAAUUUUUCCUUUCAAUGUAGUAGGAUAGAUGUUGCCAGAAAAUGAGUUAUCAGGCAAAGUUCAGAUCCCUGAAAAAGCUGUUUCAGUACUUCAGUACAGGGAGGAAGUUUGUUAUCACCACUCCAAACUCAUACACAAAUAGGUACAGCAGCCCUGGUACACAGUGAGGAUCAUUACAUGUUGAGGGGCCAUGAGUUUUGCUCUGUAGCUCUUUAAAGCUCAAAGGAGCUGAGUGUCCUACAUUGGCUAAAAUUGUAAAUAUUUAUUUUGAUCUUCAUUUUUUAGUAAAAUAUUAAUGCCAA